CAGGACGCUUGCUGCUCAAGCAACAAGCUUAGCGUUGAUAGCUAAGCUCUAAAAACGGACCUACCGCUUAAUUUAUUUUUGCACCACUGACAAAGAAGACAAAAUGGAGGUGCCGAUGGAUCCUUUGUUUCUUGCAUGGAGCUACUUUAGAAGACGGAAGUUCCAACCAUGUUCCGAUAUUUGUUCGAAGAUAUUAGAGGACAGUCCAUACGACCAGGUUAGAAAUAGCUAAACUAGUAGCUAGCUAGCUAUUUUAGCUCUGCUUGCCAGCUCCAGGCAUGAAUCCAAUUUAGCUCAUGUUAAUAGCUAGCAGUAGCAUGCUUGCAAAGUAUUCUUUGACAUUUUCUGAAUCAUUGCCUAUUCCUCAUACUAUUGCCAGAGAUGCUCUGCCAUUGCUUGCUAUCUAGCUAUUGUUUUGCUAGCACAUUGAUAGCUAGCUAGCUAUUGGUGCCAUAAAAAACAACAACUUGUUAGCUAGAGGGCAAUCAUCAUAUCUGGCACGUUUUUACCUUAUUGUGACCACUAUCACUAUUUCUUCUAACCUUUAGUUCAGCUAGCUACUCUUAACUCCAAUGGUCUUGAAAUGUGCUUGCUAUAGCCUAGACUAAUUGAUGCAUCAAAUCUAUCUUCACCUUUUCUCUCAUCAUUUCACUCACUGCUGUCUUAAAAGGAACCUGACUCCUCAUCACAUAUUUCUGAGGUAACCUCUUCCUGCUGUGCUCCUUUUAUUCUGUGUCUGUUGACAUGCUGCUUCUAACCUGGCAUGUUCUGACAUGUUAAAAUACAAAUAGAAUGGGUAGAGAAAUUAAUGAAAUAUCACAGUAGCACAUCAGUGUUGGAGUUCCCUACCUUGUAACAUCGAAGUAAACUAUUUUCACACUGUAAAAUAAAAUCAACUACCUGUUUCCUCUUGGGCAGGCUGCAUGGAGUCUGAAGACCCGUGCUCUGACAGAGAUGGUGUACAUUGAUGAGGUGGAGGUGGACCAGGAGGGGAUCGCCGAGAUGAUGCUGGAUGAAAGCUCCAUCGCCCAGGUUGCUCGUAAGUCUGAACUCUGAACAGUCCCAGAGGGCCAAGAGUUCUUCUUGGUCAGAUCACAUGGUCAGGAAAAACUCCUGACCAUAGUCAUCUGCAGAAUAGCCUACUGAGCCUACCAGCUCAGAAAAUCAAUAUCAAAAAUAUAUUACUAUUCUGAAUCUGUUCUGGUAAAAUCUGAGUGUACUGUAAUGAAGCUGUCUUUCAGGCCCUGGGACAUCACUGAGGCUUCCUGGAACAAGCCAUGGAGGUGGACCUACUCCAGCCAUCCGGUAUGUGACCUUUUAUAUUCACAACUAUCUUGUAUGUGUUAGGUAAGUAUUCCAAGCAUUUCCCCUACUGGAAUUGUGUUAUUACUGUAACAAUAUUUCUGACAAUGAGUUGUGAGGAGCAUUAUUUACCCUGGAAAGGCAUCAGGUUAGUUCUGAACUGAGCUUUUUUGUCCUGACUCUAGACCCAUGACCCAAUCGGGACGUCCUAUCACAGGGUUUGUGAGGCCCAGUACCCAGUCUGGCAGACCAGGGACAAUGGAACAGGCCAUUAAGACCCCGCGCACGGCACACACUGCCCGCCCUGUCACUAGUGCGUCUGGGAGAUUUGUCCGGCUGGGAACAGCCUCCAUGUUAACCAAUCCUGAGGGGCCAUUUAUAAAUUUGUCAAGACUCAACUUGGCUAAAUAUGCCCAGAAGCCCAAUUUAUCCAAGGUAAGACUGAUUUAAUGAAUGUAAGGCAAUGAACAAUGUCUGUAAAAAAAUAUUUGUCGUAAAUGUAUUUAUUUUGGUUAUUCGGGUUCAAUACGUGUUAUGACCGUUCUGUUGUUUUUUAUGCCCCCAGACCUUGUUUGAGUACAUCUUCCAUCAUGAAAAUGAUGUAACAAAUGUGAGUUAUAAAUAGUUAUACAGUAUAUCUUUGGCUUUUCAUGCAGUUUUUGUUUGUACAUUUCAGUCUAAAAUGAUUUGUACCUCCCCUGUCAUGUUUUGUGAACAGGCUUUAGACCUGGCUGCUCUGGCCACUGAGAAUGCUCAGUUCAAAGACUGGUGGUGGAAAGUCCAGCUGGGGAAAUGCUACUACAGGUAAAGCUUUGGCUGAUUACUUAGAUCUCAAACAACUGUUCUUAUACAAUACAUACAUGUAUACUAUACUACCACUACAGUUCUACCACAUUGUGACUGUUUGUAUUAACAGACUUGGUUUACACCGGGAAUCAGAAAAACAGUUCCGAUCUGCUCUCAAUCAUCAGGAGGUGGUGGACACAUACCUCUAUCUGGCCAAGGUAACAACAUACAACCUACAAUAUCCCUAACACUCUGAACACUGUAAAUACUGUGUAACUACACUGUAUACAGUAUAGAUUAACCAUCACACAAGGCUUCUCCGUAGCAGAUAAAACCUGGUGGUGUGUCACUCACCAAUGAGUUGUUUCUAGAAUUCCAAAUAGGUUUAUGUUUUUUUAUAUCAAUCUACUGACCUAUUUGUCUUCAUUUGUACACAAAUGACAUAAAAAUACUUGUUCUGUUUCGCCACUAAAAACAGGUGUAUCAACGCCUUGAUCAGCCUAUAACUGCACUGAACCUCUUCAAGCAAGGUCUGGACCACUUCCCUGGGGAGGUCACUCUCUUAACAGGAAUCGCUCGCAUUCACGAGGCACGUAGCAUGAUUCCUUUGUUGUUGUUGUUUGUUUGUAAAGUGUUCUCUUGCUUAAAGAAACCACAGGUUGAAAUCAUGUCAAAUGUGUAACGAGCAGCUGAUUGCCUUGGAAUUUAGAGCCUAAUUGUUUUGCAGCUCUAGUAGCUAUUGAAUUACUCUGUCAAUUGAGAGAAUAGAUGCAGGUUGAUCAGGAGGUCCAACAUCUGUCUUUAUAGUUAUUGUUAUUUGUCUCUCUCUCACAGGAGAUGAAUAACAUCACCUCAGCCACAGAGUACUACAAAGACGUCCUGAAGCAGGACAACACUCACGUUGAGGCUAUCGCCUGCAUAGGCAGCAAUCACUUCUACACGGACCAGCCUGAGAUCGCCUUGCGCUUUUACAGGUUAGUCACACACACACACCACCUCCUUUAAAUCCCUUAUCUAACUCUGAUUAUUAUGUGUAUGCCUGUGUGAUUUAAGAAUUUUGACAAUUUCAGUGCAUACACAUGCCUUGCAUGGUUGCAUGAUUUUACAGUUGUCUUUUCCCUCUAACCCUCCUUCCCUGUAGACGGCUGCUGCAGAUGGGGGUAUAUAAUUGCCAGCUGUACAACAACCUGGGAUUGUGCUGCUUUUAUGCCCAGCAGUAUGACAUGACCCUGUCCUCCUUCGAGAGGGCUCUGGCCCUGGUGGCCAAUGAUGAGGAGCAGGCUGACGUCUGGUACAACAUCGGACAUGUGGCCGUGGUGGGUUAGCAUUAGCUUAGCACACACAGAUGUUAGUUACUGCAUCAAGUUACUCUACAGCACCCUCUUCUGUAUGUCAACUGUUUUCUCUUGGACAGGAUCCACAUCUGGCUGAGUGCUUUGAACAGAUAGCAUGCUAUCACUUAUGCUUUGCAUUUCUGUUUGUUACUUGCAUCUUAUGUUUCUCUCAUUUACAUUACAUUUACGUCAUUUAGCAGACGCUCUUAUCCAGAGCGACUUACAGUUAGUGCAUACAUUUUUUUUUUUUUUUAUAUAUAUAUUUUUAUACUGGCCCCCCGUGGGAAUCGAACCCACAACCCUGGCGUUGCAAACGCCAUGCUCUAACAACUGAGCUACCUCCCUCUCUCCACAGGGAAUAGGAGACCUGACUCUGGCAUACCAGUGUUUUAAACUGGCCUUGGCCUUCAACAACGACCAUGCUGAGGCCUAUAAUAACCUGGCCGUGCUGGAGCUACGCAAGGGACACAUUGAGCAGGUGAAUGAAGUGGGGUUUCUAGAUCUUCAAAUGUAUCAUAUUGAUAAAAUGUCAGUACUGAUAAGAGCAUUGAGUGUGAAUCUGUUUUAAAUUAUAUACUUUCUUUCCAACUGGUAGAAACUUCUUCCAGGCUUGCUCUUCUAAAGCAUUAUGCCCAGUGGUUCUUUUCCAUAUGGUACAACACAUUAUUUAAAGUCUUUAGUGUACUGCUUAUGAUAUUUUUGUAUUGAGUCUAAUUCAGAAUGGUUGUUUUGAUUCCCUAAUUUCUUCACAGUCCAAAGCUUUCCUCCAGACCGCUGCGUCACUCGCCCCUCACAUGUAUGAACCGCACUUUAACUACUCCACUCUGUCAGACAAGGUAACGAGACACUUCAUCUGCACUUUUAUUUCAAUGUAUUUAACUAUUGAAAUGCAGCUUGCACAUUCAUAGCACUGUUUUAAAUGAAAAGGACAUUGGUAUGCCUGGUAUAAAACAGGCUGUUUUUAGUCAUGAGAGAUCAUAUGAAUUGAUAUGUUUUUGUCUUCUGCUGUGUCCAGAUUGGAGAUCUGCAGAGUAGCUACACGGCAGCCCAGAGGUCAGAGGAUGCCUUCCCCGAGCAUGUAGAUACCCAGCAGAUCCUGAAACACCUGCGCCAGCACUUUGCUGUGCUGUGACCUACUAACCGACACACCUGACUUGACAGUCCAACCUGUGUGAUAUCUCACUUACUUAGUUGUCAUAGAGUGCUGCUAUUGAACAACAGUCACUGGCCUCCUCAUGUUCUGAUUAGACAUCAUCACAAUCUACAGAAAAACAUUUUGCUUGCAAAUACACAAACCUGUUAUAUGAUGGUGACAAUAUACAGGCUAAAUUAUAUAAAGGGCAAUUUGGCUUGGGCAACUCACUGCACAGAAAUGAUUAUAAAACAGUCAUUUACAACUCCCUGGCCCAAUGAAGGUCUUGUUAGUUAGUUGAAAUGUUUUAUUUGCUGCCAAGAUUGGUUUUGGCAUUUGUGUUUCUCUUCAACUGUUGGUUCACAGACAUGUAUAAUAGUAUUUAAGGUACUUUUAAGCACCGAUAGUGAAUGUACAUAGUAAAGUAUGAACAUGAAAGAAACUAAUAUAUUUACUAUAGUACAUGCAUUUAUACUUCUAUCUUUUUAUAGUGUAUUCAGAUGUAAACCUGGGAUGUAUUUUGGUAUUAACAUUACUCGUCACAGUUUGUAGUCUGUCUUGUUUGUAAGGAGUAAACUAUUAAAAAGAUGCAGAACUAAUGAACUUGUUUAACUUUACAGUAUGACAAUUUCUUUCACCAGAUAAAGUAUUAUGCUAUGUACAACUUAAAUUUACAUUUGAUUCCAAUG